GCAAAUGGGAAUCUAACAUGUGUUGGUGCGGGCCGCACCGAAUAGCCACCACGCAUUAAUUAAGGGCCUCUCAUAUAACAUGUGGAGGAGCUCCCUUCCCCAACAGAAAUUUGAAAACUGGUAACUCACCUCAACUACAGAAUCUAAAGCAAACUAAAAUGAAAGCAGCUUCCGAGCUCUCAGUCUUUCUCCACAAAUCCAUCAAAUAAAUUUGGUCAUGGCUUUGUUUUUCAUGGCUACAUCUCUUAACCCGAAACCCAUUCCUCCUCCAUUCCUUAACCCAAAGCACAAGCACCCCUUCAAGCUCAUCUCUUUUAAGUCUUCUUGUAAAACGUUUGCUCAGUCAGAAGGACAAGGAGGGGGAGUCAAAGAGGAAGAACCCCCUGCUUCUUUCUCUGGAUCUUUGUCUUCUACACGCACACAACUGGAUCUCUUGGAACAACUAAGUUCUACUAGCUCUGCUGUUGAUGGACCAGGUUAUGAGAGUGAUGGUAGCUCCGGCAAACUCACAAUUCGUGAGCAGCUUGUGAGAUUGGUUGGGGAUAGAGACGAUGAUUUCACCAUUCCGUUGGGUAAGAAUUUGAAGAAGGUUAGUCCAAAAAUUUUAACAAUCUCACAGAAGAGAAAUAUCAAGAGACAGGCAUACUUGGAUGAAGUUUCGCAGAGGAAUGAUUCAGUUUUCUUUGCAACUAUAGGAGCAUUUGUACUUGUUCCACCUUUUAUAAUAUUAGGGAUUGCUAUAUUAACAGAUUCCGAAAUGCUGCAGGAAGCUGCUCAGAGGAGGAAAACCCCAGUUAUAUAAUCAGAAGUUGUCGGAAAAGACAUUGACUAGCUAAUUAUUUGGCUUAAAAUUUUCAAUUAUGCCUCAAUGAAACUUUGAGGAAAGGGUAUUCAUAGCAUUAUAACUAAUCAAGGAUGAAUCAUGAAAUGGAAGAAAAAGGAGAUGAUGAUAAGAGAUGUCGAAAAAAGUCAAGAAACUGAACCACUAUUCCUCAGAUAAGUUUCAUUCUGGGGUUGGAAAUGGCUUGAUCCAUUGGAACCAGUCAGAAAUGUAUGCUUUACUGAACAAAGAAAAUGAAUCAGGGAGAUAGAGGGAUCUGAUGGUCUACCUCCAUGGACGUAAAACCCCGGUCAA